UUCUUCUGUAUGCAUCGUUUUGUUGUAUUCUCGGUUUUAAAAUAUUUGUUUCAGCUUUCAUCCAGUUUUGGAACCGGAGUACCUUUUCAGUCCUGUGCACAUACAGGCUAAAAACUUGCCUAAACUCAUAAUGGGAUUUCGAGAAGAAAGGGGUGAAUGUAUGGGCAAAUGUGAAUUGUUUGUUUGGUGAGUGGAGAAACUACUGAAUGCUGAUGUAUGGUCCCUUUUUCUCAAAACGAUGCUCUCUUAAAUAUGCUUUUACUCUCUCACUUCACAAGAGCCAUGAGAUUCUAUACCAAGGCACAAACUGGCCAAAUGGCAUACUCCACUAAAACACGUAGCAUCUACCAUUUUGUUCAAGUUCUGCAAUGAAGUCUCUUGUCUUUUCCUUCCCUUUUUUCCCUCCGUCUGUCUGUCUUUUUUCCUUACACAGGAAUCAGUUGAUAUUUUCUCCAGCAUUUCAUGAAAGGUGCCAGUGGUAUGAAGGCAUCAUGCAUCAGUACUAGACCUACCCCUGGUUGUAAAUACUAGGCCUCCUGCUGCUAUCAAGUGACUCAGCCAAAGAUGAACAAGCAGGCCGUGUGGAAAAGGGCACGUGCUUUAUAGUCCGAUAGACCAGGGUUCGAAUCUUAGCUCGGCCAUUCACCUUUCAAUUUAUUUGCCCAUCUGUAUCUCAUUUUUGUCCUGCUGUACAAUGAAGAUAACAAUACUAAGCUUUUAGGGGAUUUUGUGAAAAUCAGAUCAAACAUGAAGUAUGGGCCAGGCUUAGCAAGUUUUCCAUAUAUAAGAAUAGAAUUAGUCUUUUGCUAAUGUUAGUGCAUGCGUUAAUUGUGAAUAGGCUUUUAAACUUAAAAAAAAGCAUGAGUCAUGACGUUGCCUUUCAACCAUACAGGCAUGUGAUUGUUUUUCAAACCUAGGAUAUAUACAGAUUGACCCAACGAAGUAGAAAACUUCCCUGGGUACCAUCUCAGGGAAGGUAACUGUGCAAUCAUUUGUGCAUCUGACCUGAAGGAAAUUGGCAAAAGCCAAAAAGAUCUCUUUGACUUCAUGUUCUCCCUGUAACUCAUACGCGUCUGGUGGCUGGGAAGUUACGAUUUAUCUGUAGUGACAAGAGGAAGGAUACAGCAAUCGAGGGGCUAUUUAAAGUAAGGGUGGGGGGUGGAGGAGACUCUGAGCUUCCAACAUCCCAGAUAGAUUGUUUUGCAAUUUUUUCCAUCCAAGAAAACGGACCGAUGUCAAGGAUGUAGGUGUGUUGUGUGGUGAGGAAACUGAUUAGGCAUCAGUUUUCAUCAAAGUGUUUAAAACAGAAAGAAGCACUAAAUGUUCUGUAGUUCAGUGUUUUCACAGGUGAAGAGAUAAAGUUCUGAAGAUUAAGAGUGACAUUCUCAGGGUAGCGGAAGUAAUUGGCCAGCAUGAAUGCAAAGAGUUUUCUCUCUGAUUUCCUGGAUGGUGACAGUUCCUUUGAAUGCUGCUCCACAGACCCCCUGACAGGUUCCCACUUCACCUGUCGCCGAAGUCCCAGACUCCUCACCAAUGGCUACUACAUUUGGACAGAAGACAGUUUUCUCUGUGAAAAGGAUGGUCACGUAACUCUGAGCCCAUCCCAGGCCAGUGUUCUGUACAAGGAGAACUUAGUCAGAGUAUUUAGAAAGAAAAAGAGAACCCGCCGCUCUUUUUCUUCUCUCUUCAACCUCAGUGCCUCUGAAUCCUGGCUGCACGGAAGUAUCUUUGGUGAUGUUGACUCUUCCCCAAGUGAGGACAUCUGGUUGGAGGGGGUCAGGAGACUGGACAUAAACCAUCACAAUGCAAUUGGAGGUGAUUUUGACUGUUCUCUGACUGAUGACUGGGAGUCGGAGAAGCCAAACGCCGAGUCUGUGAAAACCUCCUUUUCUGGCCUCGUUACAUCUCAGACUCCCAGAGAAAAUUCCCGUAACUCGUGUCUGCAGUCCCAGUUGAUGGCUUCUGACCAGGAGAACAUUUGGGAUUAUUCAAAAACCAGUUUGUUACGAGAGGUUUCCUUCCAUGCAAUCCUGCUCGCUGCAUGCUUAAUCAUUUCUGCCUGUGCGAGAUGGUUUCUUGGAGGAAUACUAGCCAGUGUCUUCACGUGCUCCUUGGUGGUAACUAUUGCUUAUGUUGUCAAGUCGUCAUUUCUCAGCCUUGCCAACUAUUUCAAAGCCAUCACUUGCGCUUGGUUUGCCAGAAUUUGACAGCCAUUCAAGAAUGCCUCUGAUGAGUGUUUCAGUCUGAAUGCCCAGAAAUUGUCCUAUUUGUAGCCCACUUGGGAUCAACUGUUCUGUUGGAAGUGAUUGAACAACUGGAUAAUUGAGAAAAAAAUUUUAAUUUGGUUAUUUGUUUUUUAAAAAGAAAAUCUCAGUUUUGCCCUCACAAUUAUAAUAUGCUCAUAAAAAUAGUACUAACUUGUCUUUCCUUGGCAAAUAGUGAUUGAAAGGGGGAGGACUGGGAAAUGUGACAGAGGAAAAAACCCACCUGGAUAAAUGGUCUCCUCUUAUACUUUAAGGCAGUGGUUUUCAAACAUUAAUUUUCCUUAGAGAAUUCUGUGCGGCGCUUAUAACAAUGCAGAUUCCUGGGCCGGCCGGCCUGUACCUAUUUCUUGCUGAAUGGCUGUAAUUGAACAAUGAAAGGGAAUUUACAUAAUCAACACCAACCAGAAAGUAAACAAACGCAGUCUGUACAUAAAUUAUAAUGUAGGAAAAGUUUGCUGUUCUCCCCAAGGAGGGGCUCACUAGGAGGUGGUAAUGGUAUGCUGGCUGAAGAGAAGCAGCAGGAGAGAAUCACUCUUUAGAAAGUACGUUCUUCUUUUGAACCAGUUUUUUUUGUUGCUGUUAUUUUCACCAAGUUUUCAAUCAUCUUGAGACUUAUGAUUACCUUUUACUCAAAUUGCGGUUAAAAUAAAGAUACAACACAGAAAAAGUUCCCUAGGGACAGAAUAAAGGCAAAACACCACAGUGCUUUGAAACACAUAAAAGUAGAACUGUUGCACAACUGACUGAAGGAUGGUAGAAGGGGCUGAUUUUCUAUCCCUCUUGCUUAGCAUGUGCUCCCAAAGCAAAUGUGGCCUGUGAUUCAAAUUUGUUCUGUAUGAUAUUCUCUAGCUAGAACUUGUGUGGAGAAAAUUGUCUUUGCUUAAAAUGGUAAUGUCAAAAUACCACUUUUUAUAUCAAUUGUAUUUAGUGCAUUUUUGGUUGAAAAAAGUAUUAGACUAAUAAAUAAAUAGAGUCAUCAAUAAC